AUGUCUCCAAUUCCCCAUCUUUUCGUCAACAAACAAGAUGUCAUACAAACUGAGAAGUGGGAGAGCCUCCUCCUCGCCAACAAAGACGCAUACAAAAACUGCGUGGUCAAAUCCAUCACUCAUGUCAAAGACGUGCACAACACAUGGUACCACGAGUAUCUUCAGAUUUUAAUCGAACAAACCAGCACAGGAGCUCGCACUCGCAUCAUUGCUGAGCGACAACAAGCACAGGACCAAAUCAUCAUCGGUCGAUGGAAAUGGGCCGCCAAAUCGUUGGCAAGCCUCGGUUGCAUCUCAUCUUCCAGCUCAGGCAAUAGUCUGGGCGAUACUGCCAGUGGGGUUGAUCUUCCCCUGCCUCUGUACACGAUAUACCUGCAGGAUAACAGUCUCGGCGUUCUUGAUCUGGCUAAUGUCCUAGCCGGGACUACCAAAGAGCACCGGAAUUACGACUUUGCGUCAUACAAUUGUUACUGGUUCGCGGAGGCGAGCUAUUGGGCAGUUCAAAAGAAAUGGAAGUACGUGGAAAAGACGUGGCAGUACAGCCACCUGCGUCACAAACUCCCUGAUCUUGACAAAAUUCCAUCUCUGAAUCCCAUGCUUGAUCUUUUGCGCCGUUUGGAAAGGGGAAUGAGACAAAUUGCAGCACGGCAAUUUGAAGAAGAAAGAUCGGGUGGCAUGACCAUCUCUGCUGGAGCUCCAUCAGGAUUCGAGUUGAGUUUGCGCGAGGUUUAUAGAAAUGCAGUCCUUUUAGAAGCAGAUGAUGACACUGCUGCUUGGCAGAUCAUAGAGAAUGAGGUGAAUACCCUGGUUAAAAAGAAUGUCGAAAAUGAGGCCACAGCCUCCAAGUUGGGAGACCCCCAGAAGCUGAUUGAGGAUCUGCAUAUUCAGGAAGCAUACGAUGCUGUUACCCAGGAUAGCGAGAGUGCCAAAUACAUCGAGGUGUUUGACAAGUUUGGUAACCAGAAGCAGACCGAGGAAGAGCCGAAGAACCAGAUCCAAGAUUCUACCGAAGAUGAAGAGAGCGUUAUAUCCCAAGGUGACCUGCUCAAGGCGCAAACUGUUCUCAAAGUCUUGGUUGGACGGUGGUUGCUGGAGUCUGAGAAGGAAGCCAAUGCUUGA